AUGCUAAAGAGAAUCGACUUAUUUUCGGUGCUGAAAAGCUGUACAUCGAAAAACAAGCAAAAUAAUGACGAGAAAGUCGAUGAAAAUAAGCAGUUUUCGGCAUGUUUGAAGCAGAGUUUGGCAUCCCUUGGUCCCCUAAUCCUAACUGUGGUGGUUGGUAUGACCCUCGGCUAUUCAGCUGUACUUUUACCUCAGCUUCAAGCUCACACUAAUGUUGCUAUCACAAUUAAUAAGGAAGAGGCAUCGUGGGUAGCUUCCUUGGCAGUGAUCCCAAUGGCAGCAGGAGCCCUAAUUGGCGGAGUCCUAAUUCAAAAAUACGGCCGCAAAAUGACCCACAUUAUCAUCUGCUUUCCCUACUGUGCCGGCUGGAUUUUGAUGUAUUUUUCCUUCAAUCUUCAAAUGCUCCUAACAGGAAGAUUCCUCACAGGCCUUUGUUCUGGCAUCAUCACUCCAGCUACUGGGGUUUACAUCGGAGAAACUACUGAUCCAAAAAACAGAGGCAUGCUACUAGGUGGAAUACCUCUGAGUGUAUCCGUAGGGCUUUUAGGUAGUCACCUUUUAGGGACUUUUUUAACAUGGCAAGUAACAGCUUUAGUUGUGGCUGUAUUUCCUUUUAUUGCUUGGCUAUUGAUGACGUUUACUCCAGAAUCUCCUGCUUGGCUAGCUCAGAAAGGGUUAAGUGAUGAGGCUCAGGAAUCGUUUUAUUGGCUAAGAAACGCUUCAGAGGAAAAUAGGCAGGAAUUUGAACAAAUGAUUGCUAGAGUUAAGGCCACCAAUAAUAAUACUAACAAAAUAGAUGAAAAAAAUCGUUUGAAGGAGCUUUUAGAGCCAGAAUUUUGGAAACCAAUGGCAAUUUUACUAGUUUUCUUUAUAUCUAGUCAAUGGGCUGGUGUAAACGCUGUAACAUUUUACUCAAUAAAUAUUAUGAAGCAAACUUUGGGCGAAUCCAUAAAUGAAUAUUUGGCCACAUUUAUUAUAGAUUGCAUCAGAGUCAUUGCCUCAAUAGCUCAAUGUAUAUUAAUAAGAAAUAUUGGAAGAAGGCCUCUGGCCUUAACAGGUGGUUUUGGCACAUUUAUACCACUAUUCAUCCUCAGUGGCUUUAUUUAUUCACAAAAAGUCUUCAACAUCCAAAAUCCAAAUUUAGUUGCUGUGCCCAUCACUUGCCUUUUAGCCUACGUGUUUUUUGUGACAGCAGGUUUUGUCAGUCUUCCUUGGAAUUUAAUUGGCGAGCUCCUGCCAAUGGCAAAACGAAGUACAGGAAGUGGCAUAGCCUCAUUCGUAGCCUAUAUGUCUAUUUUUAGUGUAGUCAAAACUAUGCCUGCACUGUUUGAGAAUUUAGGUACAGACGGAUCGUUUUUAGUUUAUGGUUUUAUGGCGCUGUUAGGGACUGCGUUUGUUUAUAGGUGUCUUCCGGAAACUAAAGGGAAAACUCUGCACGAGAUUGAAGAGUAUUUCAAAGAUAGCAAAGAGGACAACAGUAAGGGUCCCUUGGAUACUAGGCUUUAAAUUAUUUGUUUUCGUUUUGCAUUUAGUCUGUGAUUUUUAUUUUAAUAAAAGAUUGAAACAAAAAGGCAUUUU